ACCCUAUUAUUCCUCCCUUUUCACUCCUCCUUCUUCUUCUCUCUCUUCUUUCUUUUUCUCCAAGUUUUAUACAAUUAUAAUCUUCAGAACCUUCUUUCUUUUUCUAGUUAAUGUCCUCUUAAUUUCAUCCUUCUAUCUCCUUAAAAUUUUACCCACAACAACAAAAAAAAAUGAGCUGCAAUGGUUGCCGUGUUCUUCGUAAAGGAUGCAGUGAAUCUUGCAUCUUAAGACCUUGUCUUCAAUGGAUCGACACCCCUGAAUCUCAAGGUCACGCCACCGUCUUUGUCGCUAAAUUCUUCGGCCGUGCUGGUCUUAUGUCCUUCAUCUCCAACGUCCCCGAUUCUCAACGCCCCGCUUUAUUCCAGUCUCUUCUAUACGAAGCAUGCGGCCGUACAGUAAACCCAGUAAGUGGCGCAGUAGGAUUACUUUGGACCGGAAAUUGGAAUCUUUGUCAAGCAGCUGUUGAAACUGUCCUACGUGGCGGUACUCUCCGUGCUAUUUCUGAAUUUCUUGUCGGAGCUCCACCGUCUCCGGUGCCGGUAACUCUCGACACUGACGAAAACUCCGAGGUUUUCUGUCCUUCUAAACCUUACAACAACAACAAUCAUAACAACACGUGGCGAAAUCAUAUUGGUGGUGGUGUAGAUAUGAUGCAGCAAGAUUUUAAGAUGAUAAACCAUAAAAAGUUGCAAUCAUCAUCUUCAUCUUUACCUACACCAAGAUUUACAAACAGUAAACGGAGAAAAGAAGAAGAUGAUCAUCAUGUGAGAUUGCUUGAUCUUAGUUUAACACCACCAACUUUUAUUCACGCGCCGCCGCGACAACGGCCUGAAACGCCGUCGUUGAACUCUGAAGAAUCAGCUACUACUGUUAGUUUUGACAGUGACGCCGUUUAUUAUCAGCCCAAGACACUUAAUUUGUUCGUUUAAGGUUGAUUUAAGGGUAAUCCGCUGCGUUUUGUUGGGAGAAGAAAAUUUAAACAUAACUUAGAUGUAUUUUCACCCUAUUUGUGGGAAAGGGUAUUUUCGGAAUUAAAUUUCCGGGGAGAUUUUUGUAAAAUCACCGACGGCAAAGAUUUCUCAUCCUAUAUAUGCGGGGAGAGGAAGAUGAAUGCUCAGCGGCGUCAAUUUUUUUUAAUUUUUGUUUUAUUUUUCGGGGUUAUUCGGAGUUUUUGAUUGGUUCGUCACUCUUUUUGAUCUGUGACUAUGACUACGUGUAAGGUUAUAUAAGUAAUAAGAAUUGUAUUUUAACUAA